UUUAAGCAUAUGUUACUAAAAUUUUUGAAAAUGUGUAUCGCUAAUAAAACCUUGUGGAAGUUGUUAUUUUUUGGAAACGAUACUUAUUCCCUUCCUGCCCUGAAGGCUUUACAUAACGAAUUUAAAAGUGGUCGACUUUUACGCAAGCUAGAAGUUUGUACUUCAAAACAUGGCGAAAUAGUUCAAAAUUACGCCAAUCAAAAUAAGUUAAAACUUCAUGAAUGGCCAAUUAAAUUAGAGCACGGCCAAUUUGAUGUUGGUGUGGCCGAGUCUUUUGGACAUUUAAUACCAGAACACGUUAUUGACAAAUUCAAAUGUGGCAUUUUAAAUGCCCAUCCGAGCCUCCUUCCACGGUGGAGGGGGGCAUCCCCACUCUUUUACACCCUGGCAAAUGGAGACAAAGAAGCAGGCAUGACUAUUAUGAAAAUUAAAUCUAAAAAGUUCGACGAAGGGGACAUAAUACUGCAAGAGGCAGUACCGAUAGACGAACACGUCAAUAUUGUAGAAUUGAGUGAAAAAAUGUCGCAUAUAGGAGCUCAAAAAAUAAUUCAUGUUUUAAGCGAUUUGGAAAAUAAUUUAAAAAUGGCCAGACCGCAGCCCAAUACAGGAAUAUUGUUAGCCCCAAAAAUUACCGAAAAUUUCGCACUUAUUAAUUGGGCUACACACACCGCGAAAGAAAUAUACAAUUUGGAAAGAUCUAUAAUGGAAUAUUUUACACCUUACACCAUUUGGAAAGGGAUAAGAGUAAAAUUAUACGGAUUUAGAGUAACUACAUUCUACGGAAACAUGGACAAUUUAAGACCAGGUUUUGUUUUUUACGAUAAAAAAAUAAAACAACUGAAAAUUUUGUGCGCAGAUAACACCUGGGUGAGUGUACACCAAGUGGGUAUUUACGGUAAAAAAAAUAAGAGCGCCUUGCAGUUUAAUAGUUCGUAUGUUUUAAAGGAGCUUGAGGAAAAUAGAUAUUUUGAUUAAAAUGUUGAUAUUUUUAUUUUUCGACCUUUUAUGUUUCUUUUCUAGCAUUUAAUUUAAAACAAAUAUUCACUACUA